CCAGAGCAGCACUCACGACACGAAAGACGCUAGUUAAUAUUGAAGCAGUCAUCAGAUUUGUAGUAGUUUCGUCUUCGGUGGUUUAGAGCAUCUGUAUUGUGAAAGAUACACUGUCUCCGUGUUUGUCGAGCCAACGCUCGUGUUCCGCUCCGUGUUUUCUCACAAGCCGCCAGCUUUAAGGGAAAGGCAAUGAAAACAAACAGGUCGACAGAAGAAAGAUAUCGUUGCCGGUCGGUCGGUCGGUUGGCGGACGGAGAGGUUAUCUAGAGUAGAAUCGCUCAUUUGCAUGCCUUAAACAUGCACGUUCACGCCAGAGCGUCUUUACAUGAACGCGGUCCAGAUAUGUGAAAAUGUUGACGUAUUAUUUGCAUGUUCGGCCCAUAAUGUUGAUUAGGAUGUUUACAGAGUGCGCGGUCGGUUCGUUUAGGUUUUGUCAACGUGACAUUUGUUAUUUUUAAAACGACAUUAUUGUACAGCUGACGAAGUGAUAUAGACUGUGGGCAUUUGGGUAUAUCAUUGUUACAAAACUAUGCAUACGCGGCGGUUGGUGAAGCGCUCGGUCAUUGGGAGCCGCGUGUACGCGCCGGGUUUAACGGGAGACGCAGCACCGCUCACGGGAGUCAUCCAGGCUGUCAAACAGGACAACAGAGAUACUGCAACCGGUCAUCGGCGCAACGUGUACACGGUGCUCCUACUAGACGGGAGCUUGAAAGAAUACUCCGAGGAAGAGAUUGCACAGAUGACUGCGAAAGGACCGCUGAAGUCGAGCUUGAAGAGCACCUGCAACGGUGGCCAGCGGGAUGGGCCCACCCUAGGCCAAAAUGGAGGUGUGCAGAGAGGGGAUGCCCUCUCCCUGAGCCCGGAGAGCAUGGAUGAGCCACGGGUGCUGGAGCACAAGCGAAAUGGCCGGGCACUUGAGCCGGAGAAAGACCACACCCGCUCCAUUUUGCUGCUGGAACAGAAACGCAAAGUGGUCUCAUCCAGCAUCGAUGUACCGCAAGCCAGGAAAUCAGAGGAAGAAUUGGACAUGGACAAAGUGACAGCCGCCAUGGUGCUGACCAGCCUGUCCACUAGUCCUUUGGUGCGCAGUCCUCCUGUAAAGUUUAGUGAAGGUCUAAAUGGGUCUUGGAAGGAUGGAGGCUUCACCCCGUCAAGCUACAGCAGCAGUGGGUACUGGAGUUGGAGCGCACCCAGUGACCAGUCCAACCCCUCGACGCCAUCACCACCCCUGUCCGCUGACAGCUUCAAACCCUUCCGCAUGCCCAGCCUCAACGGCCUGCCAGACGACAACAUUGAUGAGCAUGACGGGAACAGCUUGCUAUUCGACGAGCCCAUCCCCCGCAAACGCAAGAACUCCAUGAAAGUGAUGUUCAAGUGCCUGUGGAAGAACUGUGGGAAGGUCUUGAGCACAGCUGCUGGGAUCCAGAGGCACAUUCGAACCGUCCAUCUCGGGAGAAAUUGUGACUCAGAGUGCAGUGAUGGUGAGGAGGAUUUCUACUACACAGAGAUUAAACUGAACACAGACUCUGUGGCGGACGGUCUGAGCAGCCUGUCUCCUGUGUCCCCAUCUGUGCUGUCUCCCCCACCGGUCCUGGACCAGAGACAGCCGGACGGCACUAACGGGACAAAGAGUGAGAGCAGCACCACUCCUCUCAGUCGCUCUGCUCCAAGUGCACUCUACUUAGUGCAUACAGACCAUGCCUACCAGGCCACUGCCCCAGUCACUAUCCCCUCCACCAGCUCCACCGGCUUCACCCCCUCCGGCAGCAGUUUCAGUAUCUCCUGGCAGUCCCCGCCCGUCACAUUCACUGGCACCUCUGCCUCUCCCACUCACACCCGGACUCAGGGCUUUGGGGAACAGCGCUCUCAGACUAUUGCUGUACUCUCAUCUCCCCCCAGAGCUGCAGGUUCACUCAGUAAGAAGUCCCGCGGCGAGGGGAAGAAGUGUCGUAAGGUGUACGGCAUGGAGAACAGAGACAUGUGGUGCACUGCCUGCCGUUGGAAGAAGGCCUGCCAGAGAUUUGUGGACUAAAACAGCUGUGAUAGCUGGAAAAUGAAAACAGGGUGGGCUUCCCUUGCAUGCGUAGCAUAAUUCAAAACUUCUCUUCUCUUUGUUACUGACCACAGCCCCACCCUGCUUCACCUUAAACCCAUGUGGACCUGGGGUCAAACCCCAAUGCAUUCCCUCCAAACUCAACGAACACACAUCUGUCUCUUUUUGCAGAUUCCCAGCUCUCCCUUGGCGAGUUGCUUUACACUGCAAAAAAGAAAAAAACUUUUAUGUGAUCCAUCUCUCUCUCUUUGUGUUUGAUAUUCUGCUUAUAAAAGUUCUUGUCAGUUCUUGAAGGACCAGCUAAGGCAAGAUCAGCCCCAGUCCAAGCUCUUUUAAAAAUAGAAGAAAGCUCUCUUUGAGACUUUGAGUGCUAUAAAACCGAACGGGGGAGUGUUUCUAUUUCCAUGGGCACUAUUCCACGUUUUUCCUGCCCAUUUUACGUGGACAACCAGAAAACCCAGCUUUACCCUUGUCUCUUUCAAAGAAUGUACCACCACAGGGGUUUGUUUUGGGAAAUCAAGGGUGACUGGAUAGCUCCCCGAGUGGGAAUUCAUUAAUGCAAAAAAUAAAAGGUUUGGGAGGCAAAAUGGAUGAAAAAGACUUUCAGCUAUCCCUUUCAGCUGUACUGUCACAAGCAAUUUCACCUACAGUUGAGAGAUUUUAUAUCUCUGGUUUUAUAUCCGUGUUUACCAAUAGGACAUUUAGUUCAGGGAUGCGUCAGUAUAAGCAAAACCAGCAGUUAAGGUUUAAGCAGAGAACUCAGUGGUUUUUGUCAAAGGAAUUGCUACCAAAAAGGUUUUUUUACUUGCCAUUUUUGCUUUUGUGUAUUCCUACUAUAAGACUACGUUCAUUAAAAUGCAACGGCAUAGACUCGCGUCAAAGCUGACGGCAGAACUGGCUGUAUAAAACAGUCAACCCCUCAUUCCCACUAGACUCCAUUCGCAGAGGACUUAACUGCAUUCAUACGAGAGCCAUACAGUAAUCGACAGUUUCUCAAUAUAGUUACGUUUCCUAAAGAGGGUCGACCAACAUGCCUGAGCAGAGAGUGGUUCAUUUUACCUCCAGUAGGUGAAGAGCUCUUUUCCUCUCACCUUUUUUCCUGACCUCACAGGUUCAAGUAAGAAGUAAUAAAAAAAGCAAAUGCCACAUCCACUCCAGCACAGAUCAACCAACGGCAUGAGAUCAACAAACUGGAAGCACUCAAGUGUGGUCUUGUUAUUCUUGUGUAGUUGGGACAGUACACUGGUCAUGUGAGGAUGGGCGUCCUUUCACAGUGGGCUUCUUCUGCAAAGAAUGACCAGGUUGGAAUGAAGAUUGUUUCUUUAGUCUUGCGUGAUGUCAGCCCAGAUGUUUCAUUUGGUUUGCAGCUCAGCUCAGUUGCCAUUCUUAAUCUGGCACUGUUAAGGUGGCUCUGAUACACAAGUAUAUGACACCGUCUACAUAACACCAACAUCAGCUUGUUAACUCGUACACAUGCAAACACAACAACACUUAUUAUGAUAAUUUCAUUGUCUGUUUUUAUUUACUCACAUGACUCCUCACUUAUUCACUCUUUAUAUCAGUAUAUAGUCUCCUAAUUUCUCCAAAUCUGUUUUUUUACACCCAAGGUAACACGUGUAUUUUCAACAACUUUGUUUUAAUGGUAAAACAGAGAAAGGCUUUGUUCAUACUGCACACAAAUCCAAUGGUUUUUUUCUUUUCUCCAAUCAGUAGGAUUGACUAUUUGCACUGUAUUUUUGAAAGUGAUUAAAUCUAUUCAUAUGGUGCAGUCAGUAUCCGGUGUAUAUACAACGGUUGCCAUAAUAAUGAUAAGUGACUAUCUCUUACAUCAAAAACUGACCCGUUUGUAUGCUGUUGAAUACGCAUAAAACUACUUGAAAUCUGAUUUGACCGUUCAGACUGAGGCACAUUCCAUCUGAUUUUUAAUCGGAUUUCAAACCACACAUAAAUAUGCAUUGGAUCGGGUUCGUCAACAAGAUUUCUUGUGUUUUUUUGCUGUUCAGACUUUAAAAAACUAAACUUAUUUGAGUUGGAUACUGCACAAAAUUGGAUUUUUGCUGCCUCUUUGAACAAAGCCAAAGAGACUAGAAUAAUACAACAAAGUUUAAUGUGCAUUUUGAAUGUGAAACUAUAAUGUAUAUCCUAUCAGAUCCAAGUUAAAUCAUUAUGCAUUGAAGUAUUUUCUUAAAUAAUGCCUCCAAAACAACAUUUUACCUUUGAAAUGACUGAAAACUGCCAUUUGUCUUAUAUGAUUUGAGUGUUGCUUAUACAAGAUAUCCACAAACUACAUCGUUUAUGUUUAUAAUGUUAUUGAUAAGUAGGAAAACAAGAUAUUUUUGACCUUUGCUUUUGAUCUAUAAUAUUUUUUCCUGUUUUUUGUUUUCAUCUUCUGUUGACACGAUUCAACAGAUAUUGCAAUGGAAAAGGUCUCCAGGGCCUUGUGUUUUUCCAUGUGACUGGAGGCAACCUGGUUGUGAAAGCACAGCUAUGUUGAAGCCACAAACCAGCACCCAAGGGCUCUAGCACUCCAAUUUUACAUCAGUGCCCAUCAUAACAUCCGAAACCGGACAAAAUUUGUUUUGGUGAUCUUAUACCAGAGAUGAAAGGAUGACGUUUUGACAAUGAAUAGCUGCAUAUUUUGCCCGCUUUUUUUUUCUUUCUUUUUUUUUCUUUUUUUUUUUUUUGCUGGUGUGAGGAACAUCUCAUAAAGGCUGAUGCUUGUCCCUUUGUCCCCUUCCUGGUGCUACUUUCAACCAAAGGGUCUGAGAUCUCAUGGGUGUUUUACAUACGAGGGCAAGCUGACGUCUACAAUUGUUUACACUCUUAGUUUAAACUUCGGAAAACUCCUUCCUUAAAAAGAGAUAGUUUACCCAAAAAUGAAAAUUCUUUCAUCAUUUACUCACCCUCAUGUCGUUUCAAAUCUGUAAGACUUUUUCUUCCGUAGAUCACAGAUGGAGAUGUUAGGCAGGAUGUUCAUUCUGCUCUUUAACAUAAAAUGCAAGUGAAUGGUGACCAGGAGCUUGCAAGUUCCAAAAAUGACUAAAAGUACCAUAAAAGUACCGUAAGAGUACUCCAUAUGACUUGUGCAUUAAAUCCGUAAUCUUCUAAAGUUUAACGAUAUCUGUGUGUGAGGAACAGACUAAAAUUUAAACUGUAAUUCACUGAAAAUCUUCCCCUCCACUGUAGCUCUUAAAUUACAUUGUGUAUAAACUACUUUAUGGUGUUUUUGGUCAGCCUCUGGUCACCAUCCACAUACAUUGUAUGGAAAAGAGCAGUACGAACAUUCUGCUAAACUUCUCCUUUUGUAGUCUACAUAAUAAAGAAAUUCACCAAGGUUUGGAAUGACAAACGUAAGUAAAUGAUGAUGGAAUUUGCAUUUUUGGGUGAACUAUUACAAAAAAAAGAGAGAGACUUAAGUAACUUUUAGAAGCAAAUAUUGGAUGCUGUUUGGCUGAUAUUCCAGAUACGCUGGAAUAUAUUUACAAAUAUUUUACCUAAAUUGUGCUCUUGCCUCCGAUACGCUGUUGCGUGAAUUCAUCGUACGUAAGAUUACAGUCGCAACAUUUAAUUUUGAAUGAUGUAUCACACCUGUGGCACCAUGGUGCUUAUAUAUUGGCUUCAGUUGUGUUAGCUGGCCAGGGCUUGUUACUGGUGUUCUUUAGGGGUGCUAGUUUUCCUAUGUGCACAGCCCUCUGUUAUUUUGUAGAACAUGAAAAUAAAAAGAGACGUAUUGCGCGUGCGUAUCAA